GCGGAGGACGGACACACACCGACAGCUCGCACUUUUUUUUUAGCCGCAGUCGGGUCGCGGUCGCACGGCCAUGGCCUCCAUCGUCUGCCGGGUCCAGUACCUGGAGGACUCGGAUCCGUUUAUCUGCACAAACUUCCCCGAACCGCGGAGACCUCCGACGGUGGACCUGGAGGAGAACCUGCCGCUCAGCGAGCAGAUUGCCGGGAUCCACAAGCUGCUGGAGGCGCCGCUGAAGCUGGAGGACUGCACCCUCCAGUUGUCUCCGAGUGGAAACUAUCUGGACCUGGACUCUUCUUUGGCUGAGCAGCGAGACGAGCUGGAGAGCUUCUAUGAAGAUGUGGCGAAAGGAAAGAAGCCCAUCGUGAUUCUAAGGACUCAGCUCUCUGUUCGCGUCCACAGCAUCCUGGAGAAGCUGUAUAACUCCCAUGGCCCAGAACUGCGGCGCUCCCUCUUCUCUCUCAAACAGCUCUUCCAGGAUGAUAAAGACCUGGUUCCAGAGUUUGUGGCCUCAGAUGGUCUGACGUGUUUCAUUAAAGUCGGGGCGGAGGCCGACCACAACUACCAGAACUACAUCCUGAGAGCUCUCAGUCAGAUCAUGCUGUUUGUGGACGGCAUGAACGGAGUGAUCAACCACAACGAGACGGUGCAGUGGCUGUACGUUCUGACGGGAAGCCUGUCUCGUCUGGUGGUGAAAACUGCUCUGAAGCUGCUCAUUGUGUUCGUGGAGUAUUCAGAGUCCAACAGUCCUCUGCUCAUCAGAGCGGUCAACACAGUGGCCACAGAGAGAGGUAUGAAGCCAUGGAGUUGUGUGAUGGAGGUUCUGGAGGAGAGGAACGGCUCUGACACGGAGCUGCUCAUGUUCGCCAUGACACUCAUCAACAAGACUCUGGCGGCGCUCCCGGACCAGGACUCGUUCUACGAUGUGACGGAUAAACUGGAGCUUCUGGGGAUGGAGGCCAUCGUCCGCAAACACAUGAAGAGCAGCGUGACCGAGCCGGAGCUGCGCACACAGUUCACCAUAUACGAGAAUGCUCUGAAGUAUGAAGAUGACGAGGUGGAUGACUCCUCCCCCCUCCUCCGUAAAGAGAGAAGAAAGGUGGCCACCGGCGAGCAGGAGGGACAGAGGAGCCGCCGCCACUCGUCCAGUCAGAACCUUCCUCCCUCCAGCUCCCCCACCCCUCCUACCCUCUUCUCCCCACCUUCUGCCAACUCCUCUGUAUCACCAGCCGCCUCCCCCUCUGUGUCCCCUGCUGUGUCCCCCGCCCUCUCCUCACCCAGCCCCACGGCGGGGCUCGGUAGCAGGCCCUCGUCCCCGCUGGUCUCUGACCCCGGCAGCUCCGCCUCCAGUCCGUCUGGAUCCCGGAGAGGGUCUCCAGUGCCCCCCCAAACAGCCCCCAACGGCACCGUGAGCGCAGAGCAGGGAACAAAGACGCCGCCCAGCCCGAGUCGCUCUUUCCUCAGCCACCACAUGUCAUCUCUGGGCCUGAGCAGGAAGUCCAGGCUCUUCUCCAAAACCAGCUCCAUCUCUGAGGAGUAUCCGGAUGGCUGCAGUCCGUCCUCCCCAGAUCUCUCUCAGCAGGAGAAUUCCCAGUUGAACCCGGAGCAGCCCGGCAUCAAGACGGACACUAAAGCUAAAACAAACUCUGGGGAGGAUGAGGAGCUCUUGUGCCCAGGUGACUGUAAUGUAAAUCAGGACAAGCCGGUGCUGAGGAAGUUUCAAGGCACCUUCCUGCGCACCCUCGCUGUUGCGCAGUUGGAGAAGAAGAGACGAAGUAAAGACUUCAACAAGCUCAAGCCUGAUGAGCCCAUAACUCCAACCUUCCCGCUGACGGCAGAUGAGGAUGGAGCUGAAGAGCCGUCGCAUCCCACUCCAGUACCGAGCAGCUUGGAGACAAACGGACUCUCAGACUCCCAGAAUGACCCAGCGGCGCCUGAGCAGCGUCAGAGCAGCACGCUGUCCAACGACACAAAGUUCAGGCUCGACAUGCUCUACUCAAAGACGGGAGCCGUGAGCCCGCCUGCUGCUGCCGACACCGCCCAGGAAGAAGGAAGCUCCACGCCAGGUGACGAUUUGGGUGGUCGAGGUCGUGUCCUGGAACGAUUGUCCAGCUUCAAAACGCACUCAGCAGAGCCCGCCACCCCCAACGAGAGCAGCGCCUCCCGGAGGGCAGAGCUGGAGAGUCUGGGAGGAUCAACGCAGGCGGCUCGAGCCCGACUCGCUGAAGAACAGAACCGUUGCCUCCGGCAGCAGAGCAGCAUCGACAUUGAGCUGCAAGCCCGCCGUCUGGAGAGCACCCAGAUGACCCCGCUGGGCCCCGGGGGCUCCGCCGACGCGUGGAACCAGCUGCAGCCGAGCGCCGCCGCCCUGCGCAUCAAAGACCUCGACUUCUCUGACCUGCUGGACGAGGAGGACAUCGACGUCUUGGACGUGGACACCUUCGACAGCUCCUCUUCAUCCUCCCGCCUUUCUGGCAUCCCUCCCCCUCCUCCUCCCCCACCUGGUGUGGCUCUCCCUCCUCCUCCUCCUCCUCCUCCCCCACCUCCUCCACCAGGAGGUCUCGCGCCCCCUCCACCUCCUCCACCUCCACCAGGUGCCCCUCCUCCACCAGGGCCCCCCCCUCCUCCUUCCAUGGGGGCCUCUCAGAAGAAGAAGAAGACGGUGAAGUUGUUCUGGAAGGAGCUGAAGCAGGCAGACGGACCUCAGAAGUGUCGCUUCGGUCGGGGGACGGUGUGGGCGUCUCUGGAUAAGGUGGCAGUGGACACUGCUCGCCUCGAGCAUCUGUUUGAAUCCAAAGGCAAAGAGCUGCCUGUAGCCAAGAAAGGACCUGAGACCAAGAAGUCUGAGAUUCUGGUUCUGGACCCAAAGAGAAGCAACGCCAUCAACAUCGGUAUGACCGUCCUGCCUGCAGCCCACGUCAUCAAAUCCGCCAUCCUCAGCUUUGACGAGUUCGCCAUUAGCAAGGAGGGGAUCGAGAAGAUCCUGACCAUGACCCCAACAGAGGAGGAGAAGCAGAAGAUCCAGGAGGCUCAGCUGGCCAAUCCCGACGUCCCUCUGGGCACAGCGGAGCAGUUCCUGCUCACCCUGGCCUCCAUCAACGCCCUGACGCCCCGCCUUCAGCUGUGGGCCUUCAAGCUUAACUACGAGGCUCUGGAGAAGGAGAUAGCUGAGCCGCUCUUUGACCUGAAGCUGGGCAUGGAGCAGCUAGCGUCCAAUCAGACCUUCAGGAGAAUUUUGGCGACGCUGCUCGCCAUCGGAAACUUCCUCAACAGCUCCAGCGCUAAAGGCUUUGAGCUUAGUUACCUGGAGAAGGUGGUGGAGGUGAAGGACACGGUCCACCGUCAGUCUCUGCUUCAUCACACCUCCACCCUGGUGGUAGAAAAUUACCCAGAAUCCUCUGACAUCUACUCUGAGAUCCCCGACAUCACCCGCUCAGCCAAAGUGGACUUUGAGCAGCUCUCGGAGAACCUGGUCCAGCUUGAGAGACGCUGCAAAGCAUCAUGGGACAACCUGAAGCUGGUGGCCAAACAUGAAACCAAAGCGGCGCUGAAGAGCAAGUUGACAGACUUCCUGAAGGACUGCACGCAGAGGAUCAUCAUCCUGAAGGUCGUCCACAGGAGAGUCAUCAACAGGUUCCACUCCUUUCUGCUGUUCCUGGGUCAGCCGUCCUCCUCGGUCAGAGACAUUAAGGUGACCAAUUUCUGCCGGAUCAUCAGCGAGUUUGCGCUGGAAUAUCGCACCACCAGGGAGCGAGUGCUCACCAUCAAACGGAAACGAGCCGUUCACCGAGAGCGAACCAAGACCCGCGGAAAGAUGAUCACCGAGACGGAGAAGUUUUCAGGGGCGGUGCCGCAACCGGGCAGCCCCUCCCCCGUCUCUGUGGCGACGGAGGCGGAGCAAGAUCGGGAGGAGGAGGAGCACGAGAACAUGAAGAACCUGCUGAUCAGUCGCAGCAGCACCCUGACCUGUGAGCCGGGAGGCCUGAGGCGCUCCAGAGCUGUCCGCAGUCUCGGCAGGGUGAGUCCGCCCAAGAUGGCUGUAGCCAAAGAAGAUGGGGCGAGCUCCCAGGACGACGCCACAGAUGACAUCAUGGACCGACUCGUCAAGUCUGUUACCCAGAAUCCCUCAGCCAGAGAGUCCAGCCCCAAAACCCGCAAACGGUCCCGACUCAACAGGAAGUCACUGAGGAGGACUCUGAAGAGCGGCCUCGGUGUGGAUGUGGUUCAGGCUCUGGGACUCAACAAGCCAGCAGCAGACCGAGUCUGAUCGGAGGGCGGAGCCGAUCGGUUACACAGACUGAACCCAGACCAGCUGAGAGGCUCCACCGAGACUCGUCUUCCUCGGCUGUUCAGACGCUUUGCUGCAGAAACAGCUGUGAGGGGGAGUUUUCCUGGUUUCCUGCAGCUUUUAAACCUCCAUGAGGAAAUCUGAGUGCAGAUCUGCAGCUUUAAUGAUUUUACUGUAGAUUCACUGUCAGGUUUGUGUGCAGAGUCAGAAACGCCUCCGUCCUCUCAGAAAGCAGUUUGUCUUGAUGAGGUAUCAGUUCUCGUCCUCCUCAUCUCUCGUGUUGACUCUCAAACCGGUGGUGUGUCUGUGGCUCUGAGUUCAUCGGGAUCUUAAAUCAUAUCAGCAGACUCUUCUGGGUUUCUAACACGCGGCCCGCUUCAGGAGUUUGUUUUUGUUACUUCUGUUUCUUCGGGUGUUAAGUUUAGAUUUUAAACUCUAGUUUUGGCGUUUUGUUGUGUUUUCCACUAAUUUAAGACGCGUUUGCACAGCAGGAACUUUUCCCAGAGGAACGUUUGGAGUCCAGACUGCUGCAGGAACAUGACCCCUCCCUCACCUGAAAGUCAGAGUUCAGCCGUAGUUCAGUUCUUCUGCAGCCCGGAUCCUUUCUGAUUGGACCGUGUUUUGUGUCUCAGCAGUCCGCACGUGUCACUUCAUAUGUCGUCAUCGUUGUUGUUCGUCUGCAUUACUGCCACCUGCUGGACUGGAGGGUUUAAAACACGCAGUUCAGCCUGACCUUUGUGGGUCUCUGCAGCACAGUGUGAGGCGACUGAAUUAUAAAGCUCCUGGGACUAAAAUUUCUCAGUGUAAAGUCUGCAUCAGCCUGAUGGUGAAACCAGUGAAGAAAAACCUCUCCAGCAUGUAGUUUCAUCAAACUUAGGCGAGGCACUCGUGCUGGUUUGAGUCUGAACACGAGUCCUUUAAACAGCUGAAGCUGGCGUGGGAGCAGUUUGUUUAUUUUAUUCUGAGCGUCAAACACGCCGUCCUCAAAAAUGAAAUAAAGGGAAAUAAGUCAUCUGGCACAUAAACGUUUUAAUUGGUGGGUGCAGUCAGGUGAUCCAGGCUCAGUUCCUCUCUGUUUCCAGUCUUUAUGCUGACAUAAGCUAACCACCUGUAGCUUCAUUAAAGGCUCCGCUGGUGUAACGAUCAAACCACAGGCUCUGUUCACUGGCUGUUCUGGAGCUUUCUGUCUGAUAACACCACAAAUGCAUCGACUCAAUGAAAAUAUGUAACGCUGAUCGAAGGCGGCGCCAGAAACUGUAAAUGAAACAUCCUCGAGGCCAGAUCGUCCUACCACAUUCACCGUGUGUGAUUUACACUCCGAGCUGCACAGAAGAGUCGGUGUUUGCUGUCACAGCGUCACAAACGUUCAGUUAGUUCACAUAAAAUACAAAAAUGAUCUACACAAACCUGACGCACAGUUCAGUGUGAGUUUAUCAGGUCUGUUUGACACAAACUGACUCGAUUCAGGCUGUUUGGAAACGUUUCACUACACUAAGAUCACUGGGUUGGGGGGGGGGGUGUUCAGUCAGGAUGUUUUUUGCACUCAGAGGCGUUUUUUUCCUUUCUGCUGACUUCAGAUCAGUUUGUGUCAGAAGCUUCUUCACAUUUUCUUUCAGGCUCAAACUGAUGAGGAGGACUUUGUUUUAACUUAAAGAGCAAAAAUAAAGCAGCAUUUUAUAGAAAUAUUAAAUGGAUGAAUGUGUCGCUGGUUUAAUAAAGAUCUUUAAGAACAGA